UUUAUUUUUCUGGCUCAAACAACAAUACAACAAUAACACUACAUUCAAUUACAAUUUAGUUGCAUAAUUGAAUGUUUUCAAACAAAUACCAUAUGCAGAACAUGAAUGCUGAUAAGAUGAAUGGAAAUAUCCAUGAUGAUGGUGAUCAAUCUCACAGUGAUAAUGGAUCGGCUACCAAAAAUGUUGUUUCAGCUAAAUUAACACAUGGUCCGAUGGGUUUAGGUGAUCCAUCCGAUCGAACGCUUAGAAAAGUUGAAAUCGAAGUAAUGAUACCGAAAUUGGUGCGUGAACGUUCGAAAAUUUACAAAUGUUCGGAAGAAAAGAAAGCAUUCGAUCAAUGUUGUUUGGACAACGCUAUGGCAAUGGUGUUCAAAUGUCGUGAGGAAAAUAAUCGUUAUCAACAAUGUUUGAAUCAUUGGUUUAACGAUAAACAAUUCGUAAAUGAAUGCAAAGAAAUCUACCUCAAACAACGAGCCGAAUUUCGUUCGACUGGUAUCAAACGUAACAGAAAAAUCGGUCACAAUAAGGAUGCGAAUAAUAAUGAUGCGGCCAAUCAAACUGCUUAACAAUUAUUAUAAAAGCUCGGUCAAUGAGCAUUUUGUUGUUGUAAUUGAUAAUAAUGUAGAAUUUUGUAUAAUUGAUGAAUGUUGUACAGUGCCCUUAAUGAU